AAAUCAAGCACAAGUCCCAGCCACAAGCACUUUGUCGGAGUAAAAUUUACAAUCUUAUUCAAUAGCAUUUUAUAGAAAAUAUCUUAAAUUGAUCAUAUUUGCAACUUAUCCAUCUUUAUCAUCAGUUAGAAUUAUAAAAGUUUGAAAAAUGUCGGAUUUCUUUCCUCCUCUUCCAGAAGAUAGACCUCCUUCUCCGCCUCCGGCUCCUCCAUCCCAACCACCUACUUCAUCAAGUAAUAAAACUCUAACAGAUUCUAUGACAUCCGAACCAGCCCCACCAAAUGAGGCUCCACCCAAGCUACCGUCUCCCCCGCCUCCGCCUCAAUCAAAAUUAACUCAGUCAUAUAGUAAUCAAGACAGUAAUCAGGCAGAAGAUACUGUUAUUAAGGAAAAAAAGAAAAAUGAUGAAUUCACAUCAGAAGAAGAACAAGAGGGUGGCGAGGGUGACGGUGAAGGAGAAGGGGAACCAGAGACUUUUGAAAGAGUUGUUUUGAAAGAACUGAACAAACAUUUCCAUGUUAUUUUACCGAGUGGGUGGGUUGAGAUAAGGCAUUUCUCUGGUAUGAAUGUCUAUCUACACAGAGAGUCAAGAGUUUGCACAAUGAGCAUGCCAUAUCACAUAGGAAAAGAAAGUGCAAGGAGGCAUAAUGUUCCUCUUGCUGCUAUUCCUUGUUUUGCGUAUAAACGUGGUUUAGAAAAAAGGGAUCAACCUAAUGCCGAAGACAGUUGUCCAGUUGCUAAAAAGUCAAAAAUGGAAGAAAAAAAUCAAGAUGAAUGUCAGGGAGAACUUGUGAAAACUGAAGAUAAAAAUCAGGAAGAUGUUACUGAAACAGCUGGCAGCGUAGACGUUACGGUUCGGGUUCACAGCGCUGAUGAAUAUAAUAAAACUUUAACUCACGAUGAACUCCUGGAGUAUUGCGAAAAAGUUUUUGAAUUUGAGAGAAUUAAAACAAGAAGAUUCAAGAGCUGGAAGAAGAGACGAAUCGAUCUUAAAAGUUCUAGAUAUGCUAAUAUGACACCUGGUACUAAAUUGAUAUCGUGUGUUGCGCCAAACGGAAAAAGAAAAGAGUUUACAAUUAACCCUACAGGAAAAACACAUAUUGCUCUUUUACACGAGUUUGUUCAAUUAUCUAUGGGAGAGGCUCCUCAAAUUCAGUUUACUGAGAGAUCCAACUCUGCCUUGCCCUAUGCAGCAAAUGUUUACAUAAAAGGGACGUGCUAUGGUACUGGAUAUGCAGCGACAAAGAAACAGGCAAAGUUAGAAGCAGCAAAAGUUACUUUACAAGCCUUAGCACCAGAAAUAAGUAAAGUUACAGAUGAAGAUAAAAAGGAUAAAUUAAAUGACGUUGAGCUGUUUGAUGAGAUAUCUAUAACAGAUUCUCGAGUUCACGAGAUCUGUCAACGGACUGGUACGCCUGAUCCUGUUCAAUUAUUAACAUUCUCGGUAGAUGCAAGUUAUGGUUUUAGUCAUGGAAAGAUUGAUACACAAUAUCAUAGCGCUCACGGACAGAAAAAUUCUUUAACAAUGACAGUUGGAAAAUUUUCGGCAAAGAUUUUUUAUAAAAAGAAAAAAGUUGGUCAACAACUAGCCGCUCAAGAGAUAUUACGGCAAAUGCAUCCUCAAAUUCGAUUUUAUGGUGGACUUUUACGUUUAUAUGGAAAUUGUAAGAAACACGUUGAAGAGAGCCGAAUUCGAAGUGAGGAGAUGAAGCAAUUAAAUAUUCUAGAUUCUGUUGAUCCAAAGAAAAAUGCACAUGAAAAAAUUUUAGAAAAAUUAAGAACCGACAUGCUUGCUUUGUCUGAUAAAAGAAAAGAUGACUUACCCGCUAAUAGCUUUUACUUAGAAGACAACUGUCUUAAAGGAGGAUAUAACGUUAGCAGUUUUAACACACUAAAAGAUAAUUAA